AGAACCCGUAAAAGUGUAAAUAAAUAGGAAUGGAAGAAUUUAUUCCGUUUGACGAAAUUGUGCAACAGUAUGAUCCAAAUAAUGCAGGAAAAGUUUUGAUUCGUAGUUUCUUAGAAAUCGUCGAUGAUAUUGAGGCCCUACGCCAACCUUCCUCCUAUCCUUUAUUAGAUGCUGAGCAAAGGCAGUCUGCAGAGGAUUUCAUUAAGGACAAUGAAGGAAUUGUGGUUUCGACAAUCGAGAUUAAAAACCUGUUUUAUGAAUUAACAGGCCAAGAGCCAGAUCGAAUUCCUAUAAGCAAAACGAUUCUUAGAAAUAGGGCAAGGAGCCGGUCUCAUGUGGGUUCCAAUCCGUAUACCAAGUACUCAGAGAGAAAGCGAUUCAAGGAGAAUGAUUUUAGCUUCCAGACACCGCAAAAGGCAGCCCCAUUGGGUCAGUCGACUCCUUUUACAGAAAUCACAAACGCAAAGGAUGUUAAAAAUAAUAUCUUCGGGGCGAGACGAAGAAACGGGAAUCAAGAGGAGACACUAGCUCAACUAUAUGAACGAGUCCAAUUCCAAUCAGAUCAAUUACGGGCUAAGGAAAUUGAAAAUCAGGAUUUAAAAGAACAAAACGAAAAGUUUUCUGAAGAGUUGACAGCUUCAGAGGAAGCCUGUAAAUCGUGCUACACGCAAGCGAAAACUUGGGAAAAAAAGUUUCGUGAGACCCUCCGAGAGUCAAAAGAGUUUUCUAAACAAUUAGAGAGCAUACAUCAGGAAUAUGAGGUGCAAACAGCCCACAUCGCUAGGCUCGAGCAAAUCAUUGAGGCAGUCGAGAAUGAACGAAUGACAGAAUCCGAUCAUCUGCAAAAGACGUUGGACUCAAAAGCGAACCUUGCUUUAUUAGAAAGGAAUCAACAACUUGAAUACCAAAUAAAGAUAUUAAGAGAAGAAAUAAGUCAAAUUCGGUCUCGAAAAGCUUCCUCUAAUCUUUCUUUGUCGCCGCUUUCUAUGAGCCCGGUCUGUUUUCCUUUUCGUUUACCAUCUUUACCCGUGUCUCAAAAAACACAAGCGGAUCCUCAACUCACGGCGAGUCUUUCCCUUUUGGCUUCCGAACUUGAGAGCCAAAAAUUAUUGCUACAAAAGUUUAAUAGAAUUAAGGAAAAGCCUUUACAGGUUUCUGAAGUGUGGAGUAAUGUGCGAAAACGAUUGCCAAACAAAAUUAUCCGUCAUCGCUUUUUACGGCUUACCCUCAUUUCUUUGUUGAUGAUAGUGUUCUUUCAUGCUGUAUAUUUUUUCUUCUUUCGAGUUGGUACUAUUCAACAAUGGCCUUUUGUCUAUUGGCUUUCUUCGUUUGCUCCUGACAAUCGUUGGUCUCCCACAUAAAAACCGUUCUUUCUGUAUAUUUAUGAUUUUCUUUUUCCCCCUUGAUUCCGCUAAACUUUUUUGUUAAGCGCAGUUGAAGUCUCUUCGGAAUCAAGUUCAUAUAUGGAUUUUGCUUUGUGUAUAAUAGUCACAUUUUAUUUAAUUCUUAAUAUGUUGUUUUAAGAAAAUUUUGGUACUCUUAUGUCUUUCUAUGAAUCUGAACUGCUAAAUGCAAGGUGUAAUCUAGACUUAUUUAGACUACUACGAAUUCUAGAAUUGAUCCUUGAUGAAAAGGCAUUCCCUCCUCA